AUGUCUGCAGCCUCCAAUGUCCUCUCCUUUGGCCUCAUCUGCAAGCACGCCCACCAGGCCUGGCUGGCCCAAAACGCCUGCCUCCGCGCGGCCUGGAACGUCCUAGCACGUGGCCUGCCUGCGGCCGAGCACGCCCUAGUUGCGCAUCGCGCGAGUGAGAUAGCGGCGGCAGCGGAGCAAGCUCAACGACCAGUUCGGCUGAUAGCCACUUUAGACAGUGCCCGACAAACACCAAACGCUUCGGAGCUCGUUGGAGUACAGCAGAUGCAUCGACUGGCUCUUGCUAUAGAUGCGGCAUUUCAAAAUUCACAACAUGCCGUCCCUGGUGACUACGACGGCAACAAUGCUCCAGAAGAGCUGGACCGAAUGGGUGACUGGCGGGUGGGCGUGCACGCCGCCAUCUACCGCAGCUUCACCAUAGGCGCCGCACUGUCAGGCGUGUACGGCGAGGCAUACGCAAAAAGCAGAUGCGACACCAGAAAUUGCGGUAUAUCAGGGAAUUCCUACGGCGCAGAGUAG